AUGUCCGCUCCAGGUCGUGGUGGCUCGUUUCGUGGUGGCGGCGGAGGACGUGGCCCUAGACGGGGAGGUUUUGGGGGUGAUUCUAGUAGAGGCCGCAGUGCCCGUGGAGGCUUCCAAGGCAGAGGAAGGGGCGGCGUGACUGUUUCGGUGUUCUCGUACACCGAAGAUGCCCUUCUGGCCGCUACCAAAGGUGGCCUCAGUCUCGCCGGCUUAAAGUUACGAGAGGGGUUUCCUUGUCGUCCCGGCUUCGGCACGAAAGGCACACCCGUGACGCUGUGGGCCAACUAUUUCGAAAUGUGUCCACCCCCAAAAGUCAUGUUCUACCGAUACGAUAUUGCUGUUUCACCCGCGGUCGCCGGAAGAAAGCUUAGCCAGGUCGUCAGGCUGUUACUGGAGUCCGAAGAAUUGAUGGAAUUUCGACUGGAUGUGGCCACUGACUUCAAGUCAACUCUUGUGUCGCGUCAGAAGUUGCCCGCGGAUGAGACGGUUGCCAAAAUCCAGUACCGCUCGGAAGAUGAGGACGAACCUCGACAAAAUGCCACCCAAUACGAAGUUCGUCUCCUAUACACGAAUACCUUGAGUGUCUCGCAUCUGAUCGAGUAUCUCACAUCUACGAACAUAAGCGCGCGGUUCAACGACGCUCAGUCUCUGGUUCAGGCCUUCAACAUCUUCCUCAACCAUCACUCAAAGCUGACGGGGAAUUUGGCUACGAUUGGGGCUAGCAAGAAAUUCUCUCUAGCCGAUAACGCGGAUAAGUGGGAUCUUGGCACAGGAUUGACGGCAAUACGAGGCUUCUUUUCGAGCGUGAGGGUGGCAACCUGCCGCCUCCUCGUCAAUGUGAAUGUCAGCCACGGUGCCUUUUAUGAAGCAGGGCCGCUGGACAAGAUCAUGUUCAUGUACUACUCUGCUCACCAAAGAAGCAAGUACAAACUGAACAACUUCCUCGCGAAGCUCAAGGUGGGGCCUACUCACCUGCCAGAAAGGAAGAACAAAAAGGGUGAAAUCGUGCGGAAAGUCAAGACCAUUGUUGGCCUCGCCAACACGAAUGACGGACACGGCCUCCAGCACCCCCCAAGGGUAAAAGAGUUCGGUGCGGGUCCUAAGGAUGUGGAGUUCUGGCUCGAAGGCGGUGGGGGAGGCCAGCCGGCCAGCUCACCAGGAGCUGGAAGUCAGGAGGAAGGUAAAAAGAAAAAGAAGAAAUGGAAACAGGCAGGCCCUUCCGACAAGCCAUCGUCGACCUCGUCCAGUGGCGGAUACAUCAGUGUUUACGAAUUCUUUUGGACCAAAUAUAAUUGGCAGACCAACCCCAUGAUCCCCAUCAUCAACGUCGGUACACGAGAUACCCCAAGCUAUCUUCCACCUGAGGUCUGUGUCGUCGUUCCAGGUCAGAACUCAAACUCAAAGCUCAACCCCGCGCAAACCCAACAAAUGAUACAGUUUGCUGUACGGAGCCCAUGGGAGAAUGCUGCUUCAAUAGUCCGCGAUGGUUUUCAAACAGUUGGUCUUUCAUCACAGGCGAACGUGCUUCUGGAUCGGUUUGGCGUAUCGGUCCCACCUCAGUUGAUCACUGUGUCAGGGAGGGUUCUCAACGAGCCUAAGGUCUUGUACAAAGAGGGGAAGCCUGCCCCGGUGCGCUCUGGCAGCUGGAAUAUGGUUAACGUGAAGUUAAACACCACCGGGACUAUGACGAAUUGGUCGUACCUACUCAUUUCGAUACCUGAUCGGCGGGAUGCAUUUGAUCAAGCAGGUCUCAUCGCUAUGCUCGUCAAGUUUCAAGAGGCUUUGCGCAAAACCGGAAUGGUCGUGGCCCCCCCGGCUCUGGGACGAAGACUAGUCCUGAGAGACCAGGAUGACCCGGAGCUCGACAACUCCUUACACCUGCUUUUCAUUAUCCUACCAGAUACCACCCCCCUCUACAACAGGAUCAAACACUGCGGCGACGUUAAGUACGGGAUCCAAACUAUCUGCGUUGUUGGCCAUAAGAUUGCCAAAGAGAAGGGCCAGGACCAGUACUUCGCCAAUGUCGCCCUGAAGCUCAACCUGAAACUGCGCGGAAACAACCAGCUACUCGAUAAACCACGCCUUGGUAUAAUCAACGAGAAUAAGACUAUGGUUGUCGGUAUUGACGUCACACACCCGUCUCCUGGGUCUAGUUCUCGCGCGCCAAGCAUCGCCGGGAUGGUUGCCAGCGUUGAUAGGUGGCUUGGCCAGUGGCCUGCAGUUCUCCGGGUCCAGGCCGGCGCUCGCCAGGAAAUGGUCACGGACCUGUCAGACAUGCUUAAAUCACGCCUCCAGCUGUGGAAAACCAAAGGACACCACCAGUCCCUGCCCGAGAAUAUCUUGGUAUACCGUGACGGCGUCUCCGAGGGUCAGUAUGACAAAGUCAUCGAUGAGGAACUUCCGCGGCUGCGCAAGGCAUGUACGGAGGUGUAUCCGACCUCUGACCAGAAAAAGGACCUCCCACAUUUCACCAUCGUCAUUGUCGGUAAGCGUCACCACACGCGAUUUUACCCGACCAAGGAAGCCAACGCCGACCGGUCCGGCAACCCGAAGCCCGGCACCAUCGUCGACCGCGGUGUCACAGAGGCACGUAACUGGGACUUCUUCCUCCAAGCGCACGCAGCCAUCCAGGGCACCGCGCGUCCAGGGCACUACGUUGUCGUGCUCGAUGAGAUCUUCCGAGCUCGCUAUGCCAAGACGUUGCCGCCGGACUGCAGCAACGUGGCGGAUGUGCUUGAGGACCUAACGCAGAGCUUGUGCUAUGUGUAUGGGCGUACGACCAAGCCAGUCAGUCUGUGUACGCCGGCUUACUAUGCUGAUAUUGUCUGUGAGAGGGCUAGGUGCUAUCUGAGUGGUGUCUUUGACACGCCGACACAGUCCGCGGAGCCGUCACUGGCCGGAAGUCAGACGGAGGGGUUGCAAGUUGGGAAUGAAGAUGUGAGGAUUCAUGAGAAGUUGAAGGAUACCAUGUUUUAUAUUUAA